UCAGUGUUAAAGUUGAUCUGCUCCUAGAAUCAUCGCUUUUUGUUUUAGUUCUUUCAACAACACAAAAAUAUAUACAAAUUUAAUAAAACACAAUUUCAUAUAAAUACGUUAAAACAUGGAUCCCAGCCCUUCAUGUUCUGGAAUGCUUUAUAUUUACAAUAUAUACUUUUUCAAAAAAUGCAGCAAUAGAACGAACUCAGAAAAGGAUGUGGUAGCUUUAAAAAAAACCUUUAAGACAAUGAAUUGGGAUGUUUGCGAUUUAUCAGAAGACACAUUGUCUGAUAUAAGGAAACAAGAAAGAACACCGAAACUGGGCAAAAGUGAAUUGGAAAGGAUUACAAAGAAAAUGAAAAAAAUAAGCAAAAUCCAAUUUCCUACGAACUGCCAAUAUGUGGCAUUUGCAGUUUUAACUCAUGGCGCCAGUGACGGAAUUAUUCAUCUAUACAAAGAACAAUGUGAUCUUAAAGAAACGUUUUUGGAACCGCUUUUUCGCAAUGAUUCAUUACAAAACAAAUUAAAAUGGCUUAUCUAUCCUGGUUGCAGAGGAGCGUGUACAUAUGAAUCUUUUAGUGGAAAUCACAAUUUUUUAAAUUAUCGAUACUAUCUUGUAUCUUAUGGUACUAAUGAAGGUUAUACUACAAGACGAGGUAAGAAUGGAAAUGUAUUUAUACAAGACUUAUGUUCGGUGCUAAGAAAGCAGAAAUUUAAACAUGAUAAAGAUGAUAUUUUAACUAUUUUAAACGAAGUCAAACAAAAUAUGGAAAUUAGGAAACAUAAACAAAUACCAGAAAACGAAACGAAUUUAGCUUCCAGAAAAGUGUAUUUAUAUAAUAACUAGUAAUUGACAAUACUAUUUAAUAUAAUUUAUUUAUAACAUUAUAACAAAUUUGUAUAAUAAACGUAUAGCUUUUGUUCACCAAAUGUAUAAUUUUAAACUCAAUAAAAUUUAAAAUGUAAAAACUUUUGUAUACAUGUCUUAACAAUACAAUUCUAAUAAAAAAGUUAAAAAAAAAUA